AUGAAGUCGAUCAAGGAGCAGAUCCAGAAGGCAGUUGACGAGGCAGUAAAGCAGGCCCUGGCGUCGCUCAAUCUCGGCCGGGGCUUGGCUGCUGCCCGGCCGUCCGGCGAUCCAGACGUGCAGCUCGAGCCAAAGGGCAGGCGCAAGAGGAAACGUAAGGCCAAGCAGGCCACGAGCCACCCAGGUGGCAACCCCGACGUUUCGGGCAGCGAGCGUGCAGGUGGCCGCCAGAGCGCAGCCAAAGGCAAGGGCAAGCCUGAAGACAAGUCUGGCCCAGCCAAGGUGGCCCAGCGCGGUGGCCCAGGCGACUCAGGUCAACGCCGGGGCAAGGGCAAGGGCGGCUGUGGUGAGGCAGGCGGGCAGGAAGCCGGUGAUGGCUGGCAGAUCGUCCGGCGCAAGGCUCCGGAAGGCGCCUUCAAGCUUCGAAAAUCUGAUUGGGACGCUCCGGUCGUCGAGUACGCUGCCCUAGCUGAGUUCAUUGACAAGGCUGAUGCCAGCAAGGUCCUCGAACUUGUAGUCUUUGUUUCGGUCGACCAGGUCACGCUUGCUACGAACAUUCUGCGGGGGAGCGGGCACCAUUGGGGUGCCAAAGCAGUUCGCCUCAGCCGACAUUGGAAGGCUUUCGGGGGCAACGCCUCCAAGGCCGCAGUAGACUGGGUCGCGGCCCAAAGGAUCAAGGUGCUCGACACUUUUGCCUGGGUCCUGGAAAAGCAGCGCAACGACACUCAUGAGCAGUACUUUGGCAUUGUUCGCAUUCCGAAGGCAGAUAUUGAGGGCAUCCUGGCCCACUCUGGCAAGGACGGUGUCUUCGUGGAUGCCGCUCGCACCUCAGGGCCCCGGGCGAAGCUCCAAUGGAUCGAGAAGCUCCCCGGCGAGAAGGUGGACGCCUACUUUGAACGUGCCCUGCGCCAGGCUUCCAGCCUGGGCUUGGUCGUCAAUGGGGGGCGAUUGGCGUGGCGAAGUGCCAUGGCAGCUGGAGAAGCAACGGUGCGCAUCUGGCACAUCGAUGGUGUGCCCCAUCAGGAGAAGCCCUUGUCCUUGUGGGCAACGCUGGCACCUUUCCGUGUCGUCUCCAAGAAGCAGAAGCCUCUCGCCUCGAAGGCCGUCCCGGUCGUUGCUCUCGAGCAGCCUGUCGUUGCCACCAUCGUCAAACCUCCCACGGGGGAGCUGGCUACGGGCGAGGACGGCAAGGAAGUGCCCCAGCAGAAACGUGUCAAGCAGGAGGUGCGCACCAAGCCAGGUGACCUCCAGCUUAAGGCAUGCCCUCGUGACGGAGCCUGCGUGCUGCACGCAAUAAGCCUCGGCCUUCAAUGGCUUGGUGACUCUCGGCCCAAUCACCCGCGCAUGCUCCGUGCGCAAAUGGUCGAACACAUGCGCCGGCAUGUCACCCAGUACGAGAAGGAAUGGGACGGCAAAGGGCCGGACAGUGAGCCGGUCAAGGACCGGGACUUUUCGGCCUACCUCACUCUUAUGGAGAAGGAGGGGGCGUACUGCUCGGAUGUCGAGCUGAGGGCCCUGGGCCGUGUGCUGGACAUCAAAAUCGUCGUGCUGCCGGCGGGCCUCAACUUUUCUCCUUACGCUUUUCAUAGCAAAGCUGCCAAGAUGCUGGUGUUGUGGUACGAGGAUAACCACGUAGAUCUCAUGCUCCCGCCUGAGGGUCACAAGAAGUAUCCAAGUGAGUAUGCCCAGAUCACAGCUGGACCCGUCUUUGGGCUGCGUGCAGGUGGCCGUGGGCCCCCAUCGGUCUUCACUGCCUCCUCUGCUGCCUGUGUUCGAUCCCAGCCUUCCUCUCAGUGGACCUCGGUCAUGGACGGCGAAGGGGCAAAAUCCCAGGCUCGCCCGGCAUCCGUCUGGACCACCUCGAUGCCGGCGAGCGCCUCGGGGAGUGCUGCGGGGCGGCCCUCGAUCGAAGCCCAGCCCUCUUUGCAAGGUAGGCGGCCCAGGUCACAGGUUUCACAGGCAAGGUCUUCAGGCAGCCGAAAGGUGCAGGCCCUUUCCCGGCCGUGCCCACUCAGUGCCAGGUGCAAGGCAAAGGCAUUGCAUGGUCCCCAGACCAAGCCCAGGGGCGAGCCACAGGCGAGGUCAUCACAGGCCACGGCCCAGGCAAGGCCCUCAGGCACCAAGCGCAAGGCGGUAGAGCUGUGCACUUCGUCCGUCUUCACCUGCACCUCUACUGGCACUAUCGAGGCCUUCGAUGAAUCCGAGUUUGAGCGAGCUCGUGUGCCCCCGAAGCGCUGCCCCUGGCUGGCCCAUGCCACGGCACCGGCUGACCUCACCUUUCGGUGCAACUUGUGCCCUUACAAGCGCAAGGCCACGAGCAACCACCAGUACUACCACAUCCGCCACAACCACUACCAGCGUGCCCAUGAGGGGCAGGGCCUGCAGCCGGACAUCGGGCGACCCAAGCUCACGCGGGUCUGCGGCCCAAGGGCUCAGUUCAUCUGGUGUUGCCCUUUCUGCAACAAGGGCAUCACGCACGAGACUCGGAAGGACCUUUCUCGAUUCUCCUACUAUGCCCUGCGCAACCAGCAUCGUGCACAGGCCCACCCCGAGGUCUCCAAGGCUGAGUGGCAGCGUCUUGCGGCACUCCCGCAAACCGGGCCCAAGGAUCGCCAGGUGCAUGCCAAAGGGUGCCGCCAGCGCAACCUCACCAAGGCCGUGUUCGCUCAAGUCAGGACCCCUCGCUUUGGGGACCAGAUGCAGCUCUUUGUGUGGCCUCGAGCCAGGUGUGAGAAACGCAGCACCCGGGUCAAGCAUGUCCUCCUUGAGCAUGGUUGGAAGUGCCUCCGGUGCGGUGAGUGCACCAGGGACCUGGCUGCCGCCAAGCAGCAUAGCGAGGGUGCUCCGUGCUGCCGCGGCUGCCAAGCUUGCCAUCUCCAUGCGAAUCCCCUCCUCGCCGUGUUCAUCAAGCUUUUGAGCAUCAAUGCGAACCGCACGGCCAUCUCCAAAGUGGACCUGUGUGCCGACUUCCUCCAGUCGUGUGGGGCUGAGCUCUUGUCUCUUCAGGAGGCUGACAUCAACCCUUUGUCGGCCCAGGGUUUUGGUGAGCGCUGGCGUGCCCAUGGCUAUCGGGCUGUUCUCAGCGACAUUGAUGCUGCCAAGGGUGUGCAUAGGGUGGCCCUGGUCGCUUCCCUCCCCAUGCAUCGUGUGAACCUUAAGCUUCCUCCGCAUGUGGCUGCGCGCUGUGCUGCAGGUGCUUUUGAGAUGCAGGCUGCUGGCAGCAAGUGCAUCACCCUUGUGGUGGCUUUCUACGGCUUCCCUGGUCAGCCAGCCGCCACAGCCCAGGCCUUAGGUGAGGUUAGGCGUGCAGCUGCGACCUUCGGCGGCCCCUACAUCUUGCUCGGCGAUUUCAAUGUUGACCAGUCUGAGCAAGCUGUAGUGCAGCUGUUGUGCGAUGGCGAGCUCCGGUCUCUGGAUGAGGCGGACUGGACCCAAGCCGGCCCAACAAAUCCCACGCGCACCCGGCGCAUUGAUUUUGGCCUGGCCCAUUGGUCAAUCAUUGCGACGGCUGUCAAGCAGUUCGAGCGCCCGGACCUUUCGGACCACGGGUGCGUCUUCUACGAAACGCGGUGCCUGAGCCGUGCCGACAGCUUCUCCAUGCCUAAGUUUCGUGAGCUCCCUGCCACGGCCACUGAAGACAUCCUGUCUAACUUUGGUAGGGUCUGGGAUGCCGCACACUUUGAGAGUUCUAUUGCAGGUGAGGCUCUUGAUGAAGCCUGGGCCUUCUUGUCAGACGUGGCCGAGCGCACGCUGGGUGCCACUUCGCUCUUCGAUGCCUCCGGUGCCCGCAGGAGCGACCACUGGCUCCCUUGUGCCCGCCACGAGUCUCACCAUCGUGUCGGCCCCCAGGGUCAUGAGUCCCAGUCCUCCGUUCAUCUCGCAAGUUGCUUGGGCAAUUGCACCAACUGCGGCAACAGCCCCACUGUCAGAAGCUGUGGCGUGCGGUGGGCCGCCGGGCUGGGUGCCACCCAGGUGAUCUCUCAUUUGCAUGCCGAGCUUCAGCAGCAGGAGACGGAGGCCAGAGUGCACAGGUGGCGUCGCCGUGUUGAGGAGGAUCCCUCUCGUGCCCUCGCCUGGGUCAAGCGCAAAGCUGCCCAUCAGUUGGCCAUGGAGCAAUCUCUUCAGGCACCUGCUGGUGUCCCUUCCUCUGUUCACCCUGCCUCUAUUGUCGAGGAGCAUGGUAAAGUGUGGCUGCAGCACUGGAAGCCGGAGUCCCCUGUCAACUUCGAUGCCGUGCAGCGCAUCCUUGACCGUGUUCCGGGCGGGCCGCAAUCGGACAUUGUGCUCCAGGUCGAGGCUGAGGCUCUGAUGCGGGCCACCAAGGCAAUGCGGGGGAAAGCGAUGGGCCCUGACCGAUGGUCAGCGGAGCUUCUGCUCCGCCUCCCAGUGCAGUGGUGGGAAGCGGCGGCCACUCUGUGGAAUGCGGUGCUCUCCACGAAGUACGUCCCUCGACUCUGGCGCCGGGCACUGAUUGCCCUGGUGCCGAAGCGCCUGGAUGAAUACCGACCGAUCGCCUUGUGCCCUGUCAUCUGGCGAGCUGGUGCCCACUGCAUCUCUCGCAAUGUGCUGCCGUGGAUGGACACAUGGCUGGGCCACCACACCUUGGGCGGUGCACCAUGUCGAGGCCCGGGCGACGCUCAUGCCCGGCUCUUUCAUGCGUGGCAGAGCGGCGGCAAAGUCUUUUGCCAGCAGGACCUCACGCGGUUCUUCGACUCUCUUGAUGUCAAGGCGGUGGGUAUGGUGCUCCGGCACCUUGGUGCUCCUGCUGGCCUCGCUGAGCUCUUAGCCUCCUUCUACCAGGAUGCCUCGAGGCUUUUUCUGCACGAGGGCCGGUCCAGCGGUGCAUGGGGCAGCCCGGCGCGGGGCCUGGCGCAGGGAUGCCCACUCUCUCCAAUGGCCGCGGUUGCGGUCGGCCAUAUCUGGGCCAUGUGGGUCCAGUCCUUUGCCAAGGGACUGUGGCCUUCCUGCACGUGUGCGGACCCUCUUGGGGCAAUGGAUGUGGCAUUGAGGGCUUCUGACUCCUUCGACCAAGCCUUCGGUUUCCAGUGCCGUGCCAGCAAGUGUGCUGUAGUGUGUCCACCCGAUGUCGGGACUUUCGAUCAGUGGGCCAGUGCCAGGAGCUACCCACGCGUGACUACUUUAAAGGUGCUGGGCAUCACCCUCGACAUGCAGGAGGGUGCCCUGGGGCUCCUUAAGUUCAGCCCGCGCCUACUCCUGCAUCGCCUUCGCUUCCUCAAGCUCCUGGGAGGGGAGGUGCCCCAGCUCCGUCGCAUCGUGCUGCAGCUGGUCCACUCGGCCAUGUUUUGGGCUGGUGGUGCCGCCUGCCCGGACCGCGACUGCUUGCGCGACGUCUGGCACUCCACUUGUGCUGUCCUGCAAAAGCACGCCACCUUCGAGUCUCCUAAAGUCUUGCUGUGUGCCUCUUUUGGCUGGAUGUUGGACCCUGAAUGGGCGGCGGACUGGGCAUCCCUGCGGGCUGCCUGGCGUUUCAAGGCUCGGCCCCCGGCAUGGCUCGACACGGCUGGGCUCGAUGUUGCUUGUGGUGACUGGCGGCGUCGCUUCCUCCCUGGUGCGGCGGCGGUUGUGCAGAGGUUAGGCUGGCAGGUCCAUGGCAACGGCGCCACCCUGGCGCGACUUGACGAUUCCGGUACCCUCCGUCAGUGCCACCUUGGCUGGGAAUCCUUUGAUGUGGUCAAGCGCUGGCUUGUGGACCACUACAAGUGGCAGGGCGUGCAUUCGUGUGGGCGGAUCCGCAAUCGUGGCCACCGCGAUGAUGCAACGUUGGCCCGUGGUCUCAGCCUGGGGGCCCCACUCCGCAGUGCCCGGUUUGCGCUCGAAGGCCACCGACUCGCAGUUGCGGCUGAGCCUACACGUGAAGUUCGCCUUGCAGCACUGGGCUCGGGCGGCUCCAUCUGGUACCACUGCAAACGGCUGGAGAUGAGCUCACCCGACACCACGGCGUGUGUUUGUGGCCUCGCACCUCCUUCCACCCGUGCUGGUGAACGGCUCUUUGCGGCCGAAAUCCCUGAGUACCCUGCAGCUCCUGCAGCUUCGGACUUUGAAAACACCCUUCAGAGCAUUGUGGCGCAUCUUCGCAACUUCGCUACUGUGGGCGAGCGUCUGCUCAUCGCGACCGAUGGCAGUGCUAAGUUUGAUGUCGGCGGCUGCGCCGUGAUCUUCGGAAGCGGCGAUGGCACCUUCGUCUUCGGUGAUGCCUGUGAGGACCAGUCGGCUUUCCGAUGUGAGCUCCUCACUUUGACGACCCUCUUCGAGGCGAUCUCUCGUGCGCAGUUGGCCCCAGGCUGUCAGGUUGGCAUCCUGGUGGAUUGCAGCUCUGCUCUUCAGGCUGUGGCUCAACCUGAGGCGUGCUCCAUGCCUCUCCUGGCUCACAAGGCUGCGAGGCUACUCCGUGAUGUGCGUGCCGGUGGCUUGGACCUGAAGCUUUCGUGGACUCCUGCACAUGGUCGGCGGCCCAACUGGACUGCUCCCUGGGGCCUAACGGCCGACCGCUGCAGGGACCUCAACGAACGGGCCGAUGCGGCUGCCAACAGCAUUCGCGAGCACCGGGCUCGUGGAUCGGGCAGGGUGAGCUGGCAUGCAGAGCUUCAUCGUGCAGCGCUUUGGGAGCGGGGGGCCAUCUUGGCUUCUGCUGGUGCCUCCAAUGUCUUGGCGCAGCACCUUCGUGCGAGGCGGCCGGCUCGUAUCAUUCAAGAUGAUCCGUGCGCUGUGGGUGCUGAGCGGAAAAGGAUGAUGGAUUUGGCGGCCAUGGAGGCCGCGACGUCGAGGACUCAGCUGAUCCUACCUGUCAGCUACAGAAAGUUCAGGGGAGUUGCGCCGCGCAACUAUGUUCUCAAAGCUAUGCUUGAGGGUGAGCAUGCUUCUAUCGAAGACUUCCUGGAAAGGCUCAAUGAGGAUGCCAGUGCAGUUGUGGGAUCGGCUGUGCUAGUGGAUGAGCUCUUUCGUGUACGUGAAGCCCUCGUUCUUCUCUGGACCGAGCAGCUGACAAAGCGGUGUGAUGGCGACCCACCUUGGGUGGAGCGCCUCCAGGCGAUGGGACAUUUCCCAAGCACUACCCUGUGGUUUGCUGACGGGGACUUUGGCCUUGCUCCGGCGGAGGCCUAUCGCGAUGCAAAUGUCCAGCAGCAGCGGGGCAGCCGGGAGCAAGUGGCAGCAGGGCUGCCGCUUUCUGGUGGGCGACCUGGUGCUGGUGCGGACGCUGGGCUGGUGACGCAGCCGGCUGCUGGCGAGAUUGAGGAGGAUGCGGAGCUGGCUGGGCCUUCCGAAGUGGAGGCGACCAACCAUGGCGACGCUGCCCUUCCUUUGCAGCCGGCGGACAAAGAGCCACCUAGCCCGGCCUCUCCCUGCCUCCUUGGUAACAUGUUUUCUAAGACCGGCCCGUUCGGGGCCCCCUCCGAGAGUGUGGACUUCCUCGGGGGCCCCCUGGGCGCCACGGCCCAAGGUGGCAGUGCGAUCGAGCAGAGCUGUGGCACGGAUUUUCUUGGCGGCCCCAUCUGGACGGUGCCCCAAGCGCAUGCAUAUCCUAGUGCCAGUGUGGAUCAUGUGCAGCCUGUGCAGCAAUCCCUUCAGUGCCUCCCGGUGUGUGUGCAAUUUGGGCUUCCUGCUCUCCAGCGCUGCUUUGCAUUCCUGCAAGGUGUCCGUGUGGGUGAGGCAAAGCACCCGGGCCGCCGGGCCCCUGCAGGUGAGCCGAUGCUUUGUGUGUGCCAUGACUGGAAGAGGGGAUGCCGCCUGGGCGAGGCCUCUCACCCUGGCCUUGGUUUCAACCUUGACCUUGGCAACCUUGGGGAUAGCCUUGGCGAUAGCAUCAUGAAGUCGAUCAAGGAGCAGAUCCAGAAGGCAGUUGACGAGGCAAUAAAGCAGGCCCUGGCGUCGCUCAAUCUCGGCGGGGGCUUGGCUGCUGCCCGGCCGUCCGGUGAUCCAGACGUGCAGCUUGAGCCAAAGGGCAGGCGCAAGAGGAAACGUAAGGCCAAGCACGCCACGAACCACCCAGGUGGCAACCCCGACGUUUCGGGCGGCGAGCGUGCAGGUGGCCGCCAGAGCGCAGCCAAAGGCAAGGGCAAGCCCGGAGACAAGUCUGGCCCAGCCAAGGUGGCCCAGCGCGGUGGCCCAGGCGACUCAGGUCAACGCCGGGGCAAGGGCAAGGGCGGCUGCGGUGAGGCAGGCGGGCAGGAAGCCGGUGAUGGCUGGCAGAUCGUCCGGCGCAAGGCUCCGGAAGGCGCCUUCAAGCUUCGAAAAUCUGAUUGGGACGCUCCGGUCGUCGAGUAUGCUGCCCUAGCUGAGUUCAUUGACAAGGCUGAUGCCAGCAAGGUCCUCGAACUUGUAGUCUUUGUUUCGGCCGACCAGGUCACGCUUGCUACGAACAUUCUGCGGGGGAGCGGGCUGAGCUUCAAGGCCCUGCUUGUUUUCCUAUCCAAGGAUGAGGAGGCCCAGCGCAUCCCGGGCACCAUUGGGGAUCGCCUGGUCUUCAGGACUGCUAAGGUCCAGAAGCUCACGUCUGCAGGUGCCAGUGGCCAUGCUCCGCAGCCCACCGGCCUGAGCCAAACGUCCAUCAAGAUCAAACCCACUGAAAGUGCAGUCGUCUACUUUAAGGUGCCAAAGCAGUUCGCCUCAGCCGACACUUGGAAGGCUUUCGGGGGCAACGCCUCCAAGGCCGCUGUAGACUGGGUCGCGGCCCAAAGGAUCAAGGUGCUCGACACUUUUGCCUGGGUCCUGGAAAAGCAGCGCAACGACACUCAUGAGCAGUACUUUGGCAUUGUUCGCAUUCCGAAGGCAGACAUUGAGGGCAUCCUGGCCCACUCUGGCAAGGACGGUGUCUUCGUGGAUGCCGCUCGCACCUCAGGGCCCCGGGCGAAGCUCCAAUGGAUCGAGAAGCUCCCCGGCGAGAAGGUGGACGCCUACUUUGAACGUGCCCUGCGCCAGGCUUCCAGCCUGGGUUUGGUCGUCAAUGGGGGGCGAUUGGCGUGGCGAAGUGCCAUGGCAGCUGGAGAAGCAACGGUGCGCAUCUGGCACAUCGAUGGUGUGCCCCACGAGUGGGAUGUGGAUGCCGUCGGCCAGCUCUUGGCCACACGCUUCACUGAGUACACCAUCCUGUCGCAUCGGCGCACUCGCCUCGGGUCCUGCUUUCGCUUCCGCGGGCAACCUGAAACCGCAGACACGGACCUGGUGCCGUUCGUCGUCGAGCAUCAGGAGAAGCCCUUGUCCUUGUGGGCAACGCUGGCACCUUUCCGUGUCGUCUCCAAGAAGCAGAAGCCUCUCGCCUCGAAGGCCGUCCCGGUCGUCGCUCUCGAGCAGCCUGUCGUUGCCACCAUCGUCAAACCUCCCACGGGGGAGCUGGCUACGGGCGAGGACGGCAAGGAAGUGCCCCAGCAGAAACGUGUCAAGCAGGAGGUGCGCACCAAGCCAGGUGACCUCCAGCUCAAGGCAUGCCCUCGUGACGGAGCCUGCGUGCUGCACGCACUAAGCCUCGGCCUUCAAUGGCUUGGUGACUCUCGGCCCAAUCACCCGCGCAUGCUCCGUGCGCAAAUGGUCGAACACAUGCGCCGGCACGCCACCCAGUACGAGAAGGAAUGGGACGGCAAAGGGCCGGACAGUGAGCCGGUCAAGGACCGGGACUUCCCGGCCUACCUCACUCUUAUGGAGAAGGAGGGGGCAUACUGCUCGGAUGUCGAGCUGAGGGCCCUGGGCCGUGUGCUGGACAUCAAAAUCGUCGUGCUGCCGGCGGGCCUCAACUUUUCUCCUUACGCCUUCCAUAGCAAAGCUGCCAAGAUGCUGGUGUUGUGGUACGAGGAUAACCACGUUGAUCUCAUGCUCCCGCCUGAGGGUCACAAGAAGUAUCCCAGUGAGUAUGCCCAGAUCACAGCUGGACCCGUCUUUGGGCUGCGUGCAGGUGGCCGUGGGCCCCCAUCGGUCUUCACUGCCUCCUCUGCUGCCUGUGUUCGAUCCCAGCCAUCCUCUCAGUGGACCUCGGUCAUGGAAGGCGAAGGGGCAAAAUCCCAGGCUCGCCCGGCAUCCGUCUGGACCAGCUCGAUGCCGGCGGCCCAGGUCACAGGCAAGGUCUUCAGGCAGCCGGGUGUCGUCGCAGGCAAAGGUGCAGGCCCUUUCCCGGCCGUGCCCACCCAGUGCCAGGUGCAAGGCAAAGGCAUUGCAUGGUCCCCAGACCAGGCCCAGGGGCGACAGGCGAGGUCAUCACAGGCCACGGCCCAGGCAAGGCCCUCAGGCACCAAGCGCAAGGCGGUUGAGCUGUGCACUUCGUCCGUCUUCACCUGCACUUCUGCUGGCACUAUCGAGGCCUUCGAUGAAUCCGAGUUUGAGCGAGCUCGUGUGCCCCCGAAGCGCUGCCCUUGGCUGGCCCAUGCCACGGCACCGGCUGACCUCACCUUUCGGUGCAAGCGCAAGGCCACGAGCAACCACCAGUACUACCACAUCCGCCACAACCACUACCAGCGUGCCCAUGAGGGGCAGGGCCUGCAGGCGGACAUCGGGCGACCCAAGCUCACGCGGGUCUGCGGCCCAAGGGCUCAGUUCAUCUGGUGUUGCCCUUUCUGCAACAAGGGCAUCACGCAUGAGACUCGGAAGGACCUUUCUCGAUUCUCCUACUAUGCCCUGCGCAACCAGCAUCGUGCACAGGCCCACCCCGAGGUCUCCAAGGCUGAGUGGCAGCGUCUUGCGGCACUCCCGCAAACCGGGCCCAAGGAUCGCCAGGUGCAUGCCAAAGGGUGCCGCCAGCGCAACCUCACCAAGGCCGUGUUCGCUCAAGUCAGGACCCCUCGCUUUGGGGACCAGAUGCAGCUCUUUGUGUGGCCUCGAGCCAGGUGUGAGAAACGCAGCACCCGGGUCAAGCAUGUCCUCCUUGAGCAUGGUUGGAAGUGCCUCCGGUGCGGUGAGUGCACCAGGGACCUGGCUGCCGCCAAGCAGCAUAGCGAGGGUGCUCCGUGCUGCCGCGGCUGCCAAGCUUGCCAUCUCCAUGCGAAUCCCCUCCUCGCCGUGUUCGUCAAGCUUUUGAGCAUCAAUGCGAACCGCACGGCCAUCUCCAAAGUGGACCUGUGUGCCGACUUCCUCCAGUCGUGUGGGGCUGAGCUCUUGUCUCUCCAGGAGGCUGACAUCAACCCUUUGUCGGCCCAGGGUUUUGGUGAGCGCUGGCGUGCCCAUGGGUAUCGGGCUGUUCUCAGCGACAUCGAUGCUGCCAAGGGUGUGCAUAGGGUAGCCUUAGUCGCCUCCCUCCCCAUGCAUCGGGUGAACCUUAAGCUCCCUCCUCAUGUGGCUGCGCGCUGUGCUGCAGGUGCUUUUGAGAUGCAGGCUGCUGGCAGCAAGUGCAUCACCCUUGUGGUGGCCUUCUACGGUUUCCCUGGUCAGCCAGCUGCCACAGCCCAGGCCUUAGGUGAGGUUAGGCGUGCAGCUGCGACCUUCGGCGGCCCCUACAUCUUGCUCGGCGAUUUCAAUGUUGACCAGUCUGAGCAAGCUGUGGUGCAGCUGUUGUGCGAUGGCGAGCUCCGGUCUCUGGAUGAGGCGGACUGGACCCAAGCCGGCCCAACAAAUCCCACGCGCACCCGGCGCAUUGAUUUUGGCCUGGCCCAUUGGUCAAUCAUUGCGACGGCUGUCAAGCAGUUCGAACGCCCGCACCUUUCGGACCACGGGUGUGUCUUCUACGAAACGCGGUGCCUGAGCCGUGCCGACAGCUUCUCCAUGCCUAAGUUUCGUGAGCUCCCUGCCACGGCCACUGAAGACAUCCUGUCUAACUUUGGUAGGGUCUGGGAUGCCGCACACUUUGAGAGUUCUAUUGCAGGUGGGGCUCUUGAUGAAGCCUGGGCUUUCUUGUCAGACGUGGCCGAGCGCACGCUGGGUGCCACUUCGCUCUUCGAUGCCUCUGGUGCCCGCAGGAGCGACCACUGGCUCCCUUGUGCCCGCCACGAGUCUCACCAUCGUGUCGGCCCCCAGGGUCAUGAGUCCCAGUCCCUCCGUUCAUCUCGCAAGUUGCUUGGGCAAUUGCACCAACUGCGGCAACAGCCCCACUGUCAGAAGCUGUGGCGUGCGGUGGGCCGCCGGGCUGGGCUCCUUCGUGCCACUUUCCCCGACCUCCCUGUGAUACAUGCUGCCAACCUUGCAGGUGCCACCCAGGUGAUCUCUCAUUUGCAUGCUGAGCUUCAGCAGCAGGAGACGGAGGCCAGAGUGCACAGGUGGCGUUGCCGUGUUGAGGAGGAUCCUUCUCGUGCCCUCGCCUGGGUCAAGCGCAAAGCUGACCAUCAGUUGGCCAUGGAGCAAUCUCCUCAGGCCCAUGCUGGUGUCCCUUCCUCUGUUCACCCUGCCUCUAUUGUCGAGGAACAUGGUAAAGUGUGGCUGCAGCACUGGAAGCCGGAGUCCCCUGUCAACUUCGAUGCCGUGCAACGCAUCCUUGACCGUGUCCCGGGCGGGCCGCAAUCGGACAUUGUGCUCCAGGUCGAAGCUGAGGCUCUGAUGCGAGCCACCAAGGCAAUGCGGGGGAAAGCGAUGGGCCCUGACCGAUGGUCAGCGGAGUUUCUGCUCCGCCUCCCAGUGCCGUGGUGGGAAGCGGCGGCCACUCUGUGGAAUGCGGUGCUCUCCACGAAGUACGUUCCUCGACUCUGGCGCCGGGCACUGAUUGCCCUGGUGCCGAAGCGCCUGGAUGAAUACCGACCGAUCGCCUUGUGCCCUGUCAUCUGGCGAGCUGGUGCCCACUGCAUCUCUCGCAAUGUGCUGCCGUGGAUGGACACAUGGCUGGGCCACCACACCUUGGGCGGUGCGCCAUGUAGAGGCCCGGGCGACGCUCAUGCCCGGCUUUUUCAUGCGUGGCAGAGCGGCGGCAAAGUCUUUUGCCAGCAGGACCUCACGCGGUUCUUCGACUCUCUUGAUGUCCAGGCGGUGGGUAUGGUGCUCCGGCACCUUGGUGCUCCUGCUGGCCUCGCUGAGCUCUUAGCCUCCUUCUACCAGGAUGCCUCGAGGCUCUUUCUGCACGAGGGCAGGUCCAGCAGUGCAUGGGGCAGCCCGGCGCGGGGCCUGGCGCAGGGAUGCCCACUCUCCCCAAUGGCCGCGGUUGCGGUCGGCCAUAUCUGGGCCAUGUGGGUCCAGUCCUUUGCCAAGGGACGCACCGACUGCCUCAUCUUUAUUGACGACAGGGUGUUGUGGCCUUCCUGCACGUGUGCGGACCCUCUUGGGGCCAUGGAUGUGGCAUUGAGGGCUUCUGACUCCUUCGACCAAGCCUUCGGUUUCCAGUGCCGUGCCAGCAAGUGUGCUGUGGUGUGUCCACCCGAUGUCGGGACUUUCGAUCAGUGGGCCAGUGCCAGGAGCUACCCACGCGUGACUACUUUAAAGGUGCUGGGCAUCACCCUCGACAUGCAGGAGGGUGCCCUGGGGCUCCUUAAGUUUAGCCCACGCUUGCUCCUGCAUCGCCUUCGCUUCCUCAAGCUCCUGGGAGGGGAGGUGCCCCAGCUCCGUCGCAUCGUGCUGCAGCUGGUCCACUCGGCCAUGUUUUGGGCUGGUGGUGUCGCCUGCCCGGACCGCGACUGCUUGCGCGACGUUUGGCACUCCACUUGUGCGGUCCUGCAAAAGCACGCCACCUUCGAGUCUCCUAAAGUCUUGCUGUGUGCCUCCUUUGGCUGGAGUUUGGACCCUGAAUGGGCGGCGGACUGGGCAUCCCUGCGGGCUGCCUGGCGUUUCAAGGCUCGGCCCCCGGCCUGGCUCGACACGGCUGGGCUUGAUGUUGCUUGUGGUGACUGGCGUCGCUUCCUCCCUGGUGCGGGGGCGGUUGUGCAAAGGUUAGGCUGGCAGGUCCAAGGCAAUGGCGCCAUCCUGGCACGGCUCGACGAUUCGGGCACCCUCCGUCAGUGCCACCUUGGCUGGGAAUCCUUUGAUGUGGUCAAGCGCUGGCUUGUGGACCACUACAAGUGGCAGGGCGUGCAUUCGUGUGGGCGGAUCCGCAAUCGUGGCCACCGCGAUGAUGCAACGUUGGCCCGUGGUCUCAGCCUGGGGGCCCCGCUUCGCAGUGCUCGGUUUGCGCUUGAAGGUCACCGCCUUGCAGUCGCGGCUGAGCCUACACGUGAAGUUCGCCUUGCAGCACUGGGCUCGGGCGGCUCCAUCUGGUACCACUGCAAACGGCUGGAGAUGAGCUCACCCGACACCACGGCGUGUGUUUGUGGCCUCUUGCAGCCCAGCCGAGCGCAUCUCACCUGGUGUUGCGCCUCAACGACGGGAUUGCGGCAAGGUCUCGCACCUCCUUCCACCCGUGCUGGUGAACGGCUCUUUGCGGCCGAAAUCACUGAGUACCCUGCAGCUCCUGCAGCUUCGGACUUUGAAAACAUCCUUCAGAGCAUUGUGGCGCAUCUUCGCAACUUCGCUACUGUGGGCGAGCGUCUGCUCAUCGCGACCGAUGGCAGUGCUAAGUUUGAUGUCGGCGGCUGUGCCGUGAUCUUCGGAAGCGGCGACGGCACCUUCGUCUUCGGUGAUGCUUGUGAGGACCAGUCGGCUUUCCGAUGUGAGCUCCUCACUUUGACGACCCUCUUCGAGGCGAUCUCUCGUGCACAGUUGGCCCCAGGCUGUCAGGUCGGCAUCCUGGUGGAUUGCAGCUCUGCUCUUCAGGCUGUGGCUCAACCUGAGGCGUGCUCUAUGCCUCUCCUGGCUCACAAGGCUGCGAGGCUACUGCGUGAUGUGCGUGCCGGUGGCUUGGACCUGAAGCUUUCGUGGACUCCUGCACAUGGUCGGCGGCCCAACUGGACUGCUCCCUGGGGCCAAACGGCCGCCCGCUGCAGGGACCUUAACGAACGGGCCGAUGCAGCUGCCAACAGCAUUCGCGAGCACCGGGCUCGUGGAUCCGGCAGGGUGAGCUGGCAUGCGCGCUUCAUCGUGCAGCACUUUGGGAGCGGGGGGCCAUCUUGGCUUCUGCUGGUGCCUCCAAUGUCUUGGCGCAGCACCUUCGUGCGAGGCGGCCGGCCCGUAUCAUUCAUGAUGAUCCGUGAAACUCGCUACGACACUGAACAUUUGCAUCGUUGA